AUCCCGAGUUUCAAUGCACUGAUUCUGUUUCUCUUUUGAACAAAAACGAAACGCAUAGCUUCAAAAUUGAAACCAAAUCAAAUCAAUUUCAUUCCAUCUCAAAUCUUCAUUCACCGAACCCAAAAUCAUCGCUAUGGAAGAUUCACACUCACAACAACAACAACCACCGCAAGUUUCUCCGAUGAAAAUCGACGGCGCGGAAGAAGACCAAAUACUGUCCAACUCGUCCGUGUUAACUCGUCGCGAGGUUUUGACUCGCCGUCUCCGCCGAGUCAAACAACUCAGUCGCUGUUACAGACGUCAUUAUUGGGCUUUAAUGGGUGAAGUUAAGACGAAGUACAGAGAGUAUUGUUGGACUUAUGGAAAGAGUCCUUUCAAAGAAGAUGAAGAGAAUCCAAACGGUGUCGUUUUGGGGGAAACUGGAAAUGCUACUGAGAAUAAUGAAGAUUUCAUUCGUUGUGCUUUUAGUGGUUGUAAGUCGAAGGCUAUGGCUCUUACUCGGUUCUGUCAUACUCAUAUUUUGUCUGAUUCUAAGCAGAAGCUUUAUCGGGGUUGCACCGCCGUAGCAAAAAAUUUGCCAACAGGGCCAUCUUAUUGUAAUAAGCCAGUACUGAGAUCGACGGUUCCUUGUGCAUGCCCUACUCAUUACCAAUUAGGUGAAAAGUGCUUACUUCGUGCACUAAAAAGGGCAGGUUAUAAUGUCCCGGUUAAUAGUAAGCCUAGUCCAAAGUUACAUGAAUUAGUUCCUGAAUUUGUCCGGCAAAUUCAAAAUAAACGAAAAGCUUUACGGAAGGCAACUUUACCUAAACCUGAGACUGAAUAACAAAGAUUUAGUCGCUGAUUGUUGGAAAUAUCAUGAUUCACUAAAGACAUUGCACAGUAUAUAGGGAGGGAAGGUGGUUCCAAUAUCUGAGAAACAGAGUUAUGAUUUGGUAUUGACUGUUUAAGCAUAAAGUGUCAAUAAGAAAGUACUUAGAUACAUGUAAAUUGUGAGUAUUCUAGACAUGUCCUUAAAUUUUGUGUCUCUCUAUUCUUCUUGCUCACUCAUGUUUGGCACCCUAUGGGCAGCAUCACAAUAUAUUAAAUUGUUGCUUGUUAUUUUCAUAAUAAUAGGAAUUUGUUGGUAUGGAUUGGGAA